CCCACGAUAACGGUUCGUUCUUCCUCCUGGAGCCAGCGUUUCAGAGCUUUGCUCUCGUCAGACUCUGGAGCGACGGCCGGAGCCGGCUACUCCGGCGGAAAUCGCCUCCCGAAUCACCUCCGUGGACGGGAGUGGCCAGAACCAUCUUUUUCCACUCCUGCCUUUUCCUCUCCCGACUACUUUGCUUGCGCGCGGGGGGCGCUCUCGUGGCGCAACUAGGCGACCGCGGCCGGCUGCUCUGCGCCACGUGCUUGGGUCUAUCCUCAUCGGUUCCUUCGCGUUCAGGCCCUUCGCCGGCGACCAAUACCCACUAGCAGUUUACUGGAGGUGUGGAACCACUUCUGAUGCUGUCUUUGUAAAUAUUGAUGGAGCUAGCUGAGUAGAAAUGGACUGUAGUCAAGAUUCCCAAGAAGAAAGCCAUCAAAGAAGGGAGAAUGGUGAAGAAGCUGAAAAGGCGGCUGACUAUGGAAAUGCUUUGAGCCGUAAGGAGGCAACAGAAGAGCUUCUUGGUUGUGUUGUUCAUAGUGAGGAAGAGGCAUACAGGCUGUACUGUGAUUAUGGGCAUCGAAUCGGUUUCAGCGUGCGGAAGGGCAAACAGUCUUACUUCAUUGGUACCAAGAAUAUUCGAACAAAGGAUUACUACUGCUCAAAGGAAGGGCUUAAAUAUGAUGAGCCUGUUACAGAAGCAAAUUUUAAUCGACCAGACACAAGAACUAAUUGCAAAGCAAUGAUCCGCUUUAGAGUUGACGAGAAGGGGCGAUGGACAGUUAUACGCUUUGUUCCUGUACAUAAUCACCAGUUGGCGAAACCUGGAGAAAGGCACAUGCUGAGAUCAGCUAAAUCGCUUGCUGUUGGCAAAUCAGGUGUUAUAGAUCCAUCAGCAUCUACAGAGUCACAUCCAAUCAAUGGUUUCUCUGAUAUGACAGGUGAUAUAGCUGAGAAUUCAGGGUAUACUAUAAGGGAAUGUUACAAUCAAGUGUGCAUGCAGAAUAUAACGAUAAUUGAGGCAGGGGAUAGCCAAAGUCUUGUCAGCUAUUUCAAGCGUAGAACUAAUGAGGAAGGCAUGUUCUAUUGGGAUGUCCAAGUUGAUCAAGAAGGGCGCAUGACUAACUUCUUCUACAGAGAUGGUAAAAGUAGAAAUGAUUAUGGCUGCUUUGGAGAUGCCAUUAUAUUCGACACAACCUACCGCACAAACAAAUAUAACUUGAUAUGUGCCCCAUUUGUUGGUGUUGACCACCAUUGGCAGAAUGUUGUUUUCGGCUGCGCAUUCUUGUUAGACGAGUCUGUAACUUCCUAUGCCUGGGUAUUUAAAUCAUUCUUGGAGUCAAUGGGAGGCCGAUCGCCAAAAUCAAUAUUCACUGAUCAGGAUGAAGCUAUUAUGCAGGCAGUUGAACAGGUUUUCCCUAACACACAACAUUGCUUUUCCUACUGGCAUAUUGUGAAGAAUGCACAAUCUCAUUUAGGCUCACUAAAUACAUCUCAAGCAUUUCAAAGUAUGUUUACCAAGUGUAUGCAAGGAUCCGACUCAGAAGAGGAUUUUAAGGAAUCAUGGACUGCAAUGAUCCAGGAAUACAAGCUACAGGAUAAUAGCUGGUUGAUUGACCUUUAUGCAUUCCAUCGUAAAUGGUGUUCAGCAUUUAACAAAGACACAUUUGAUGGUGGAAUUAAUUCUUCUCAGUGGGGGGAGGUUUCAAGUAAUAUUUUCAAUGGAAUUUCUGAUGAAAAUACCUCUCUUACACGUUUUGCCCUUUUGCUAGAAAAGGUUGUCAAGGAUCUACGUAGAAAUGAAUCUGAAGAGGAUUUUCGCUGUAGCCAAACUGCUCCAGUCCGUGCAAUUAAGCACAGUACAGUUCUGAAGCAAGCUGCAGAAUCAUAUACACAUAGGAUCUACAAAUUAUUUGAAGCAGAAUUUCUGGAUGGGUGUGGAGCAACUUCUUGCCACGAAACUUCGAGUGGUGGAAAUUUAUUGAGGUUUGGAAUUACAAUGCAGGGAAGGGGUUCAAAAGUAUGGGAUGUUGUUCUUGACACUUCCACUAUGGAGAUCAGUUGUGGUUGUAGAAAGUUUGAAAGGAUGGGUCUUCUUUGUUCGCAUGCCCUCAAAGUCUUCACCCUGCAGAAUGUGGACACAAUUCCAGAAAAGUAUGUUUUGAAACGCUGGACAAAAGAUGCCAGGAGAAGCAUGUAUACACUUGCUCAGGAUGAUUCAACCCAACAGGAAUGCACAGAGGCUGAACUUGCAUAUCGCAAUCGGGCAAUGCAGUAUGCAUAUAACCUAAUUAUAAAGAGCCAGGAAUUGGAAGAAUCAAGAAAAAUAUUCUGGGAUUCCCUUGAAACUGGAGAGAAGGCACUGGAAGUAUUCUUUGAAAUGAGAAACAUGCGCACUCAAGCAGCAAAGGAUGCUAAUAAGAAUGAGAAAAAGAAGAAGAAAACAUCAAAAGGACCAAACCCAAAAAAAGCAAAACAAGCCCCAGGAGUUUCCUCAACUGAUCUGGAGCUGAUAGUCCAAACUAAUGAGCAUCAAUUUCAAUCUUCACAAGAUGCUCAGGGUAAUGCAACCAUUGGAAGACCAUAUUACUAUCAGGUUCCGCAGACUUUUCCAAAUGCCCCUAUCCAACCAAACCAGAUGUACAUGCAUCCAAAUAUGCACACAGUGCCCCUUUGCACACCGCAGCAGGAUCUGUCUGCAUUUGCAAUACGCCCCAAUUCAACUUUUGGUGGUGCCAAGAACAUCUGAACUUCUGAAGGAUAUUAAGGUCCAGGUUCCUCUGGAUGUCAUUGGAAAACCUUAUUCAGGGAUUGUGAGUUGUGACUAUCAACUCCGCUUUUGAGCUCUGUCGACCUAUUUAUGUAGGCCUGGCGGCACUUCUUCAUGUUUGGUUGGUUCAGGGGUUCUUUCUUCUGAUCUUAGGGAAGCAGCUAUUCUGGCUGUUGCAGUGCAGCCCCUUAUCCAGAUAGCAGUGGCUUGCUAUUAAUAUCACUCAGGCAAUUUUAGGUUUGUAAACUGUAAGGUAGAAGGUAGAAGGUAGUGAGAGGAGACGAUCAUUCUACAGAUCCAGAAUCCAGUUGCAUACUAUACUGAUGUAGGGAUUGAUUUGCUUGUGCUAAGGCCUCCAUCCGCUUUGGGUGUGAGUGUCCAGCAUGGGUUCAGCUUGAGUUGAGCAGAUGAGUCACUGUACAUGGAAGCAAGCAAAGCAGCUGGGAGCCUGGGAGUGGAGGAGCUGGCGACCAGCGCUAGCUGGGGAACUACUCAGUCCUAGACGUCUGUCGAUCCAAAGUGACACUGACGGGCUGAUGGCUGACCUAUUUUUUUUGGGUAUGGUUUCUCUUCUGAGUUGUGCGUAUCAGUUUAUAUUAUGUAAUGUAUAUUGUACUCCUGGUUGACGAAGAGAUGAUGAAUGGACAUAUUCUAGGAAAAUUCAACGUUAUUUGGAUUUUUGGAAGCGGUGUUGGUCAGUACAUACUGAAUUGCUGAUGACUGAUGGCACAGGCUCCACCUCGCAACUGCCAUGGCUGGGCGGGUCUCGACACAGUGCCUGCUGCUGGAGCUAGAACUGGACCUGGACCGGCGGACCCCCUGCCAGACAGCAACGCCGAUGACUGAGUGACAGCCCACAGUGCCUGCUGCUGGAGCUAGAACUGGACCUGGACUGGCGGACCCCUGCCAAUGACCGAGUGACAGCCCACAGUGCCUGCUGCUGGAGCUAGAACUGUACCUGGACCAGCGGACCCCCUGCGAGACGCCAACGCCGAUGACCGAGUGACAGCCGCUCCCGGCGGGCUGGCCACCUCCGACUGCCCACAUAUGAACGGCAGUCUGAAACUCUGUUUGCUUGACAGCCUGCUCUGAAUUGGGGAAACAUAAAGGGUACUGGAUUGUAGAUUGAGAGAAAUUGGGGGAUGGAGCUGUUGAUUGGGUUCAGUGGUGAAGGAAGCCGCUAGCUGCUGCUUGGGUUGAUUCAAGAGAGAUUAGAGAAGGAUUGGAAAUGUUGCUGUUGGUUCGCUUGAACUUUGAGUUUCUGAUUGUUUGCUUGUUCUCAGAAUGUAGUGUCAUGUAGAACUUUAGGUUGCCAACACCUUGGUUCUGAGAUGUGACAAUAAAAAAAUUGCGACUGUUGUGAUGGUAUUUUUGAAAUUUCAGUUGGUAAGAAAUGCUGAAAGAAGAAAUGUCAUCAUACGAUCGUUGCAUUGCUUUGCCUA